UAUAUACUGUAUUAUCUUCCAUUUGAUUUCUGUAUUUUCAGAGUGGAGGGAGGGCUUGAAAUUUUUGCUCUUUCUGCUUCUCACCUUCUUCCUAUAACUCCGAAAGCAUACACUUGUUUGCAACUGAGAUUUGGUACAGCAGAAAUGUCUCAUCAAACUAGGCCCUAUUGUUCUCUGUAGGUCACACUGGCUGUGAGGUUCAAGAUGAAUUGCAGGGGGAAAACAUAGAUGCAGGGGGACCAUUCAGGCCUUUGCAGUGGUCCUGACAAGAAAUACCAGUGGCCUGAGCUACGGUAAUGAGAAUGGUAGUGAAGGAGUGUAGACAGAUUGAAGAGAUGGAGUUAACAAAAUUUGUUGAUAAAUUAGAUGUUGAUAGGUAUGACAUAGGGGAGGCAGACAUGGCAGGUUUCUGGAUUAGAUACAUCGUGCUCCUUGCCUCUUUCUCAUUAUGUUUGUUCAACUCCUGCUUAACCUUAAAGAAUUCAGUGUGUAUGUUAACCCCAUGUAUAUGUGGAAGACCUUCCCACUCCACCUUCCACUGACUUAGGUGACCACACUAUGUGCUUUUAUAGCACCUGGCACUUCUCCAUGAGAGCAUUUUUUCUGUUUUGUACCUGUGAAUAUAAUUACCUCACAUCCAUCGUACACAUAAUCUUCACAUUCUUGACUUUGUCUUGUGAGGGCAAGGGCCACGUCUGUCUUAUUCAUCAUUAUAUUCCCAGCACCUAACAUGGUCCUGGGAACAGCAAUACACUUUUGGUGAAUAAACAAAGUGUUAUUUAUUGCUGUUGUCCACAGUGCCUGUUAGAGUAAUCAAAUAUAGUAAGUUAUCUGGGCUUUUUUGAUUCAUUUCUCUAGCUUAACUUUCAUUUAUUUUUUAUUUCCUUAAUAUCUUUCACUUUACCUUUUCUCAUACCUUUACAGUUUAGCUUACUGAAUAAAAGAAAAUUUAAACAUAAACAGCAAGAAAUAGAUUUGUGUGUUGUGGGUUUUCACAGUAUCUUCUAAAAGAACCGCUAGAUGGUUGACAUCUAAGAAAAUGAGGGCUUCAAAUCAUAAUAGUACUUAAUAUAUUUUAAAAUAUCACAAGUGCUUAACACAGUUGGUUGGAACAUUGUACUGACAAAGAGAGUCAAUGGGUGUGUGUUCAAUUUAUUUUAAUCAGAAGUAUUAGGACUGGGUUAUUUGAUGAAGUAGAUGAAUCAUUGCAAAUUCAUCAUAUCUCAAGGAAAAUGUAUUGAUAACACUUUAUAUUAUAGUGAAUAUAUACCUAAAUUAUAUUUAAAAACAGAAUGGUCUAAGAUAUCACUUAGUAGUCAAUACAAAAAAGGAAAUUGCAAAGAUUGAUUUAAGAAGAAAAAAAGUCUAAGCCAUGUAAUUUCUCAUUAGCACAGGGUGGAGGUAGGGGGUGAAAAAGGAAAAGGCUCUGACUUCUCUACCCUCUGCUCAUCUUUAAAAUGAGAGCAAUAUAUCUGUGAUCUAAAAGAUCCUUUCCAGCCCAAAUUCAAUUGCUGCAUAAAAUAUAAGAGAAUAUAUGAUGGGAAUUUUGCUUUCAGUUACAACUUACUGUUUAUUCUUCCCAAAGCCUCAGCUGUGCCUUGGUAAGACCUGACUUAAAAAAUCCACUCGAAUAAAAUGUUUUUUUAUUCAAUGACUUUAUUAAACAUAAUUAAACACAAAUGGUUUUUCUGAUUUCUGCUUUGGAAUCAAUUCUUUCAGCCUAAUUUGGAACAACAGUCUCUUUCAAAAUGUUUAAGAUGGAUUACUAUUACCUACCUUAAUCAAUUCAAACUACAGAAAAUGAAUUUUUACACUUAGUCGUGCCAUAAAUGUAUUCUUCUAUGGUUGUUUCUGUUUUAACAUGUGUUUUCUUUCUUUGGUUUAGAUUUCUGCUUUGGGACAGCCACACAACUAAUUCCUUAAAGUAGUUUUAUAUGUAAAACUUGUAAAGGAUCAGAACAAUGCCUCCAAGACCAUCAUCAGGUGAACUGUGGGGCAUCCACUUGAUGCCCCCGAGAAUCCUAGUAGAAUGUUUACUACCAAAUGGAAUGAUAGUGACUUUAGAAUGCCUCCGUGAGGCCACAUUAAUAACUAUAAAGCAUGAACUAUUUAAAGAAGCGAGAAAAUACCCUCUCCAUCAACUUCUUCAAGAUGAAUCUUCUUACAUUUUCGUAAGUGUUACCCAAGAAGCAGAAAGGGAAGAAUUUUUUGAUGAAACGAGAAGACUUUGUGACCUUCGGCUUUUUCAACCCUUUUUAAAAGUUAUUGAACCAGUAGGCAACCGUGAAGAAAAGAUCCUCAAUCGAGAAAUUGGCUUUGCUAUUGGUAUGCCAGUGUGUGAAUUUGAUAUGGUUAAAGAUCCAGAAGUGCAGGACUUCCGAAGAAAUAUUCUCAAUGUUUGUAAAGAAGCUGUGGAUCUUAGGGAUCUUAAUUCACCUCAUAGUAGAGCAAUGUAUGUCUACCCUCCAAAUGUAGAAUCUUCACCAGAACUGCCAAAGCACAUAUAUAAUAAAUUAGAUAAAGGGCAAAUAAUAGUGGUGAUUUGGGUAAUAGUUUCUCCAAAUAAUGACAAGCAAAAGUAUACUCUGAAAAUCAACCAUGACUGUGUGCCAGAACAAGUAAUUGCUGAAGCAAUCAGGAAAAAAACUCGAAGUAUGUUGCUAUCAUCUGAACAGCUAAAACUGUGUGUUUUAGAAUAUCAGGGCAAGUAUAUUUUAAAAGUGUGUGGAUGUGAUGAAUACUUCUUAGAAAAAUAUCCUCUCAGUCAAUAUAAGUAUAUAAGAAGCUGUAUAAUGCUUGGGAGGAUGCCCAAUUUGAUGUUGAUGGCUAAAGAAAGCCUUUACUCUCAACUGCCAAUGGACUGUUUUACAAUGCCAUCUUAUUCCAGACGCAUCUCCACAGCUACACCAUAUAUGAAUGGAGAAACAUCUACAAAAUCCCUUUGGGUUAUAAAUAGUGCACUCAGAAUAAAAAUUCUUUGUGCAACCUAUGUGAAUGUAAAUAUUCGAGACAUUGACAAGAUCUAUGUUCGAACAGGUAUCUACCAUGGAGGAGAACCCUUAUGUGAUAAUGUGAACACUCAAAGAGUACCUUGUUCCAAUCCCAGAUGGAAUGAAUGGCUGAAUUACGAUAUAUACAUUCCUGAUCUUCCUCGUGCUGCUCGACUUUGCCUUUCCAUUUGUUCUGUUAAAGGCAGAAAGGGUGCUAAAGAGGAACAUUGUCCAUUGGCCUGGGGAAAUAUAAACUUGUUUGAUUACACAGAUACUCUAGUAUCUGGAAAAAUGGCUUUGAAUCUUUGGCCAGUACCUCAUGGACUAGAAGAUUUGCUGAACCCUAUUGGUGUUACUGGGUCAAAUCCAAAUAAAGAAACUCCAUGCUUAGAGUUGGAGUUUGACUGGUUCAGCAGUGUGGUAAAGUUUCCAGAUAUGUCAGUGAUUGAAGAGCAUGCCAAUUGGUCUGUAUCCCGAGAAGCAGGAUUUAGUUAUUCCCAUGCAGGACUGAGUAACAGACUAGCUAGAGACAAUGAAUUAAGAGAAAAUGAUAAAGAACAACUACGAGCAAUUUGUACGCGAGAUCCUCUAUCUGAAAUCACUGAGCAAGAGAAAGAUUUUCUGUGGAGCCACAGACACUAUUGUGUAACUAUCCCUGAAAUUCUGCCCAAAUUGCUUCUGUCCGUUAAGUGGAAUUCUAGAGAUGAAGUAGCUCAGAUGUACUGCUUGGUAAAAGAUUGGCCUCCAAUCAAACCUGAACAGGCUAUGGAGCUUCUGGACUGCAAUUACCCAGACCCUAUGGUUCGCGGUUUUGCUGUUCGAUGCUUGGAAAAAUAUUUAACAGAUGACAAACUUUCUCAGUACUUAAUUCAGCUAGUGCAGGUCCUAAAAUAUGAACAGUAUUUGGAUAACCUGCUUGUGAGAUUUUUACUCAAGAAAGCAUUGACUAAUCAAAGGAUUGGGCACUUUUUCUUUUGGCAUUUAAAGUCUGAGAUGCACAAUAAAACAGUCAGUCAGAGGUUUGGCCUGCUUUUGGAGUCCUAUUGUCGUGCAUGUGGAAUGUAUUUAAAGCACCUGAAUCGGCAAGUUGAGGCUAUGGAAAAGCUCAUUAACUUAACUGACAUUCUCAAACAAGAGAAGAAGGAUGAAACACAAAAGGUACAGAUGAAGUUUUUAGUUGAGCAGAUGCGGCGACCAGAUUUCAUGGAUGCUCUGCAGGGCUUUCUGUCUCCUCUAAACCCUGCUCAUCAACUAGGAAAUCUCAGGCUUGAAGAGUGUCGAAUUAUGUCCUCUGCCAAGAGGCCGCUGUGGUUGAAUUGGGAGAACCCAGACAUCAUGUCAGAGUUACUCUUUCAGAACAAUGAGAUCAUCUUUAAAAAUGGUGAUGAUUUACGGCAAGAUAUGCUAACACUUCAGAUUAUUCGCAUUAUGGAAAAUAUCUGGCAAAAUCAAGGUCUUGAUCUUCGAAUGUUACCUUACGGUUGUCUGUCAAUUGGUGACUGCGUGGGACUUAUUGAGGUGGUGAGAAAUUCUCACACUAUUAUGCAAAUUCAGUGCAAAGGCGGCUUGAAGGGUGCACUUCAGUUCAACAGCCACACGCUACACCAGUGGCUCAAAGACAAGAACAAAGGAGAAAUAUAUGAUGCAGCCAUUGAUCUGUUUACACGUUCGUGUGCUGGAUAUUGUGUCGCUACCUUCAUUUUGGGAAUUGGAGAUCGUCACAAUAGUAACAUCAUGGUGAAAGAUGAUGGACAACUGUUUCAUAUAGACUUUGGACACUUUUUGGAUCACAAGAAGAAAAAAUUUGGUUAUAAACGAGAACGUGUGCCAUUUGUUUUGACACAAGAUUUCUUAAUAGUGAUUAGUAAAGGAGCCCAGGAAUGCACAAAGACAAGAGAAUUUGAGAGGUUUCAGGAGAUGUGUUACAAGGCUUAUCUAGCUAUUCGGCAGCAUGCCAAUCUCUUCAUAAAUCUUUUCUCAAUGAUGCUUGGCUCUGGAAUGCCAGAACUACAAUCUUUUGAUGAUAUUGCAUACAUUCGAAAGACCUUAGCUUUAGAUAAAACUGAGCAAGAGGCUUUGGAAUAUUUCAUGAAACAAAUGAAUGAUGCACACCAUGGUGGAUGGACAACAAAAAUGGAUUGGAUCUUCCACACAAUUAAGCAGCAUGCUUUGAACUGAAAUGAUAACUACGAAACGGAAAGCUCAAUAUCUGGAUUCUCUACUGCACUGUUAAUAACUGUCAACAGGCACAGACUGAUUGCAUAGGAAUUGCACAAUCCAUGAACAGCAUUAGAAUUUACAGCAAGAACAGAAAUAAAAUACUAUAUAAUUUAAAUAAUGUAAACGCAAACAGGGUUUGAUAGCACUAAACUAGUUCAUUUCAAAAUUAAGCUUUAGAAUAAUGCGCAAUUUCAUGUUAUGCCUUAAGUCCAAAAAGGUAAACUUUGAAGAUUGUUUGUAUCUUUUUUUAAAAAAUGAAACAAAAAAACCCCAAAAUAUAUAGAAAUGAUGGAGAAGGAAAAAGAAUGAUGUUCUUUUUUUGUCUUGCAAAUGUUCCGUUUUGAAAUGUGGACACAACAAAGUCUAUUAUUGCAUUAGGUCCAAGUAAACUGGAGUUUACUGUUAAAUUUACGUUAAGAUUGGAAAAGAAUGAAAAUUUCUUAUUUUUCCAUUGCUGUUCAAUUUAUAGUUUGAAGUGGGUUUUUUGACUCCUUGUUUAAUGAAGAAACAUGCUUGGGGUGGAAGGGACUCUUAAGAUUUCACCAGAGACUUUUCCUUUUAAUAAAUCAAACCUUUUGACAAUUUGGGAUCUUAUCUGCAAAGUUUUGGAAGCAGUCACAAAUGAGACCUGUUAUAAGGUGGCAUUUUUGGGUUUUUUUCUGGACAGUAUUUACAAGAAUCUGAUUCUUAUUUCCCAGGGAAAUUCUGGGCUCCCACAAAGUAAAAUAAUCAUCAUAGAGAAAGAAUGAGCAGGAAUAGUUCUUGCUCUAGAAUUGUACAGUAUUCAUCUUAGGUUGAUUUUUUUUUUCUCCUUUUGCAAUUGAAUUGAAUACAUUUUUCAUGCAUGUUUUCCAGAAAAUAGAAGUGAGUAUUAAUGUUAUUAAAAAGAUUAUUUUUUUUAUUAAAGGCUAUUUAUAUUAUAGAACCUAUCAUUAAUAUAUAUUCUUUAUUUACCUGAUCUGUCCCAUAGUCAUGCAUUGUUUUGCACCCCAAACUUUUUAUUGUUUGUAGCAGCAUGGUCAGCUUUUCUCUUGGUCUGUGGGUGAGGCUCAGGCACUGUCCCAUUUAUACCAAUAACUAGUGUAUAGCUAUUUAUGGAAAACAGAUGAAAGUUUAUCCUCUUUCCUUUCAUUUCUUUCUGUUUCCACAUGAAUCCCCCAUCUUCCAUCCUCUUUUAUAGUUGAGAAUGCCUCCAUCAUAUGAAAUAGUUACCAAAUUAACACAACUUAGAGUAUCUUCCUGAUUGCUCAAGCGCUCUACCGAGGUAUGCUCAUGAAUGCUACUUUAUAAUAUGGGGGAUAGAAACCAGGAACUUGUUACCUUGUAGGCUAUUUAUCCAAUAUCUCAAUAAGAAAAAGAGGACCUUAAACCAUUUUAAGAUCAUGUCCAAUUUCCAAGUGGUCAGGGCUCACUGUCCAACUUUAUUAAAUUGCAUUUGAGCAAAGGGUACAUUCUUAAACAUUUUGAAAAACAUUAACCCAAGCUGUAGGGGCUAAUGCUAGUCAUCAGUCUAGAAUCAGGUAUUUUACUCAGUAUUUGAAAUGAAUCAUUAAUGCCCUAGGAAAUAGCUUUAGCAAAUGUCCAGGUGCCACACCAGGAGAAGUGCAAUAAUUUAAUGACAGUUUUCUAGAUUAGGCAUAUUAUUGGAAUUCAACUUUAUAAAGAGUGCACAUUGUAUACUCUAGAAAAACAGCAUCACUUAAAAACUCUUCAUUUAUGAAAUCAGUUACCUAUAGUAGAAGUCUUGAAUAGUGAACAAGGGACUCUAAUACAAAUACUCUUAAUAUUUGGUUAUUUUAGAACCCUUAAAGGGCAUAAUUAUUGAAGAUUUAGGUACUUCACUAAAGCAUGUAUAUAAUAUUGCCAACAAGAAAAAUAAAUUUGAGGAUUAGGGGAACUUCUCUAAACUGUCUUGGGGGAUAGUUAAGAAGAAUUUAAACUCUGUCUUAAGCAGAAAACCAGAUAGAUUCUUUUGCAGAUAUAGAAGAUUUCAUAACUUAUUAAAAAUUCAUGAUUAACAUUUUGUGUCUUUUAGAUAUAUUUAGUUAAUACAUACUAACAUCCCAGUCUUUUGUAUGUCAGGGAUUGAUUACAGAAAAACUCAGUGAAAUGGUACAAAUCUGAAACUUUGAUGGUGGAAACUGAGAAGUUUUAACAGAGACCCGUGUUUUACCCAAGUGCCAAAAAAGCUUUGAGCUUCCUUGCACAAAAUUUACACAAUUCUUUGCAUUUUUCGCAUCAGUCCAGAUAGUCCCCUUCCCUUGGGACCUCUCCACCAUUAAAACACACGCCACAUAGCGUAUUUCAUCAUUUAUGUUUAUCUUCAAGAGUUACAACCAGAUUAAUUCUGUUUGAAGUAUAGACAAGUUUUAUAAGAAUAUGUAUUAAAUGAUCUAGCUAAAAGCAAAUUUUAAAUAAAUCCAAGCAGAGUGUAAGCAAACAACAUUAAAAAUAAGAAAAAAGGGACAGGUAGUGUUCAGAAGGUAAAGAAUCAAAACUUGAAUUAAAUGCUACAUGGGGUGACUAGGAUAUGCUUCAACUCAGUGAUAAUAUAGCUGCUUCCAAGUAUUUCCGGAUCAGAGGUCAAUUCCGAUUGGUCAGUUUCUAUGGAAAACCAUCCUUGUCAUUGAAUAUGGUAUAAGUGACCAUUGGCUCUACAAUUUCAUUUGGUCAUUUGAGCAAUAUUUCCUUCAAUGACUAUUUUAGAGAAAAAAAGAAAAGCAGGUUUAAAGGAAGUAAAAAAAUUUUAAACACAUUCCAGCAAGAAAUAAUCAACUGUUUGAAAAUCAUGGUUUUAAGUUUUGAUCAUAUUCUCAGCUAUACAAAAUCAUUUAUUUUGAAGACUUUUAGACUGCUGUUAAUUUGAAAUCUGUUAAUCAUAUUGUGGAAUUUGGUUUUUUAAAAAAGAUGUUUCUAAUUGGAUUUUUUAAAGAAGAAUGGAAUUUGAUUGCUAUUUUAUGACAGAACCUCAGCUUUUGGUGGUUCUUAGUGUCCUGUGUAAAACUUACUGUCAAAGUAAUCAACUUUGAGGUUUUCCCUUCUACUCUCCUUUAUAUUACAAGCCCUUUAGGAAAUGAGAACCUGGUGAAUAUACAAUGAAUUGUAAAAUAUUUUAAUGUGUAACUUUUUCAACUGUGAAAUUAUGACUAUUGGUUUUUUGAUGAAAACAGCUGCUGAUAAAGUAUUUUGUGUAAAGUGUAGUUCUUAUUAACCAGGAAAAUAAUCAAUGACUUGAUUAGAAUGUAUAUACCAUCUUGGAUUUUAUUUUAAAUUUAUUGGUGAUUUUCACAUAGGUAAAACAGUCCAUCUGUAUUCUUUUUUCCAUCAAAAAUUGAGUGAUGUGGCAUUAUAAAAAAAUUAUGAGGAGUCUGUUUUAAAGGCACCAUAGAUAUUUCACAGCACAUAAACUGGGAUUUCUUUCUUAAUGAUUUUGUAAUCUGUUUAAUUCAUAUUCUGACCAAUAGCCCAUGCUUGCCAACUCUUUGAAAGCAUUUAAUUUCCAGCAUUAUUUUAAAGCCAGCAGGUUAACUUUUUCUGAAUAAGUUCCUUUUGUUUCUAUGUCUGCAUAAACUGCAGACCUGGGCUGGACCCACACACUCAGAAUCCACCUUAGAAAAAUUGAUUUUGAUGUCCAAGACAUCACUAAAAUAUUUCAGUUUAAAGACCAUUUGUGGCAUUGAUGGAUUGUGGUGCUUCUACUAUUUAAAAACAAAUUUCAUACUUAAGAUGUUUUUGAGAAGAGGGGAAUGUGGAGGGAGGGGACAGAACAGGGAGGAGUUGCUUGAACAAAUUACAUUCUUCAUAUCCAUCCUGCUCACAUGGGGCACUAACAGAAGACAAAGUUGUGAGAGUAUAUUGUGCAUACCAUGGGAGAAUUCACUCUUCACCAAGAAUGGGAUUGUGAAGGCUGAACUAUAAGAUUCAGCAUUGACAGGGUCCUCAUAUUAAUUCUUGGUGACAGAGAGUAAUACAGCUGGGCUGUUUUGUAAAAUAUAAACACAAACCAUUUUUAUUUUUUAUUACAUUAAAAAUCGUAAAUGUAUCUUA